GACACAUCUGAGCUGAGGAGAAACAUGGAGAUGAGAUCAGUGAUUCUUCUGCUCUGUUCCUUUGCGCUGUGGUCAGUGCACAAGGUCACACGACAACUGUGCGCAAUUUGACUACUGAUGCUGAUGGGAUCACAAAAUCUUGCGGUGGGUACUUAACCCAAUCUCAAGGAGAGUUUUCCAGCCUCAACUAUCCUGACCACUACCCCAACAACAUUAACUGCACAUGGCGAAUCAUGGCCAUGGGCAAUGGUGUCAUAACUAUCAAUUUUCAGAACCUCAGCUUGGAGAAUCAUCAAAACUGUGCCUAUGAUUCCGUCAGUGUCUAUAAUGGCCCUACAACCUCCUCCCCACUCCUCGCAAAAAUGUGCGGUAAUCGAAACAACAGUGUGGUCAACUCCAUCGGAAAUGAUAUGACAGUCGUUUUCAAAACUGACUCCUCUGGAACUAGUUCAGGAUUCUAUGCUGAGUACUCUUAUGAGGAUAGGUACUCCUGUAGGUAUAACUGUGGCUACAACUUUGGCAGCUGUUCCUGCGCAAGUUCCUGUCAGCGCUAUGGAAACUGCUGCCAUGACUAUUAUGGCUACUGUACUGGUGCAUCGACACCCACACCCAAGACAAGUAGUUACUACUCAUGUAGGUACAACUGUGGCUACAACUUUGGUAGCUGCUCCUGCACAAGUUCCUGUCAACGCUAUGGGAACUGCUGUAGUGACUACAAUGACUACUGCUAUCAAACAACACAGGAGGCUACGACAGUAACCUAUCCUCCAUGUGGAGGGUACCUUAGUGGUUCUGGAUCUUUCUCCAGCCCCUACUAUCCAAACUACUAUCAUGACAAUGCCCGCUGUGUGUGGAGGCUGUCCGCUCCCUCUGGGCAGAGGAUCCUCCUGACAUUUGCAGACCUGGAGCUGGAUCGCUGCUGUGACUGUGACUACAUCACCGUGUAUGACGGCCCCUCGGUAUACUACAGUCAGCUGGGUCAGCUCUGCCACAACUCCUCUCUGGAUACCUUCCACUCCUCCUCCAGCGACAUGACCGUGGUCUUCAAAAGCGACAGUUCAGGAGGGAGGCGUGGCUUCCGGGCAGAAUUCAUUAGCUCGCUGUCAGCCAGUAAAGGCCGUGUUGAAUGUUCGUUGGACAACAUGACCAUUACCGUUUCCAGAUCCUUCCUAAGCUCUGAGGGAUUCAGUGGUAAUGAUCUUUAUGUCAAUGACCUGUACUGCCGGCCAUCCAUCAACAGUUACGAGGUGAUAUUCAGAUUCCCGCUAAAUCGUUGUGGAACUACAAGAAAGAUCCAAAAUGGCGGGGUGAUAUACAAUAAUGAUGUUCGCACCUACCCAAAUAACUCCGCAGAGAUCACAUACCUGCCUCAGUUCUUUUUGUCUGUUGCCUGUCACAUGGAAAAGGAUUCCAUAUCACAGAUUAUGUAUGUGGCACAUGAUCGACUGAAUUUUAACGUCACUGGAACAGGGCGUUUCAACACCACCAUGGCCUUUUACACCUCUUCCAAUUUCUACCAGCAAAUCUAUAAUGAUCCCUACUAUGUCUCUCUUAAUGAGUACAUGUAUGUUCAAGUCAGACUAGGGAAAGACGACCGCAGCCUCGUCCUCUUCCUGGACACAUGUGUGGCCUCACCAAACCCGCUUGACUACAACUACCAACGCUCCCACUAUCUACUGGCCAAUGGGUGUCCAAGAGACAGCACAUACUACUCCUACGCGAGCGGCUAUCAGAGUUACGCACGCUUCCGCUUCCGGGCUUUCAAGUUCCUCCGCACGCACCCUUCUGUGUACUUGCAGUGCAAGGUCCUAAUCUGCCCUGCGAGCGACUACAACUCCCGCUGUCGCCAGGGAUGCCGCACCCGCGAGACUCGAGAUCUGGACUCCGAGCUCAAGAUGACCACUGUGGUCCUGGGGCCUAUCAUGCUGAAAGAUGUCGAAAAGCGUCAUGAAGAGAAUGUGGUGCUAGCUGACGCCUGAAGUAACAACACCGUCUCAUCAGGCUAUGACCAACCAGUCAUGUCCAGUCCAAUCUCUAACCAUGUCAUACAGAUGGCCUGAUGUCAUCUAAAAGCAUUCUUGUACUUCAGUCAAAUCAUUAAAGCAUUUCAAAAAAGCAACAUA